UACCUAAAUUGUUUACCUGAAAAAGUCACUUCUAAAUAUCGAGGCGGACUGUAGUCAUGAAUAUGGAGUUACCAGAAAGACCAAAGCCAAGUGUUCGAUUUAGCGAUGAUAGUUACGGUACAACUGUUAGUUCAGUUGCUGAUGUUCCACUGAAAGAGACACUUGAGAAAACAGAUCUGCCUUCAUUAAUUGAGAAAGAUUCCACUUGUUAUUCUGAGAAGUCUCUUGAGGACCGGCCUGUCUCGGCGAAAGACGAAUCUGAUUCAAUUGCUGAAUCAUCCGAUAGCGAGGAAGAACGGGUUAUAGACAAACCAAAGAAGGUAGAGAAAACUCCGAAAGAGCAGGGCAUUUUACCUGCUAGAUUCAGUAACGCUCGGAAGUUUCAGGGAUAUGGAGUGAAGAUUGAUGCACUUUAUCGAACCACGGCUUCUGAUUAUGGAAGCCGACCGCCUACCGAACUGACAAUGCCCAGUAGAUAUUACGGAUUCACAAGAAAAUUUACAACUCACCUGAGUGUUUGCGGAAUGUAUAGAAAUCAUUCUGUUAAUUCGAAAUUAGACAAGUAAUCAAUCUGUUGACGUGUAACUUAUGUAUUAAUCUACAUGUGUUAAUGAACUCAGACAAUCGCGCAUUGCAAG